AUGAAUUCUCAUGAAAACUCCCCUUUGCCGCCCAUAGGUCUGGAGGGAACGGGCAUCUAUGUGCAGAUCAUUAUCCGCAUCUUCAAAGACCUGCGCCCCUUCCUGCUCAUUGUGGCGAUUACACUGGCCACGUACGCAUUCACAUUCCGGCAGUUCAUCAUAUACUACGAGCAACAGGAAAAGAACCGAUCGGCGGAUGCUACAUCCCGUGAUACCCAGAAUACUACACAGGUAUGGACUUUUGCAGCGGCGGUCAAUGAUGGUGGCGGCAACACUUCCGACAAGUUCACCAAGUUAUUUAAUGGCUUCCCCAACAGCUUCCUAUCGGUCUACUACUUCAUGGCGGCCGGCGGCAUCGAAAAGGGCGUGGAUGGCGAGGCGAAGUACGUAUGGUACCUCCACGCAAUGCUCAUCAGCUUCUCGCUCUUCGUAUCCAUCAUCCUGCUGAACCUGCUUAUUGCGACCAUGACCACUUCAUAUCAGACGCAUUCCAAGCAGGAGUGGAUGCUGCUCAAGGCAAGGCUGAUACUGGAGAUCGAAUCUGGCUUGCCCAAAUCUUGCUUGUCCGCCCCCAAAUGGUUGUACGUGUUCAAGGAAGAGGACGGCAACACGCGUCAGGAGCAGCAGCACACGCCUCUGGAUGCCGUCCGCCGCCCCUCUGCCCAAAUACAUGUGGUCACUAGGGCAAAGGGUGACUAGCGUUAGGUCGUGUUAUCUUGUGUUGCGUCCCGUUUCAUAACGUUAGAUGCGUAUAUGCUUGCGUUUCGUAACGCAGAGCUAAUGCACGAUGGCUGUGGCAAAGCUGAAAAUGGGCCCUUUUGACAGAACAUUCAGGAACAUUAAUUACGGAAUGAGUAUUUAUACUUAAGAGGGUUUAUUGAGACUAGAUUUGCGCUUAUUUGGUUGACUUUAACAAUUGAUCAGUGCGAAAGGCUUAAACAACAAGCAC